AUGAAUUCCAAAAUGAAACAGAAACCGAGUGCAGAAAAACCAUCAGGCUCUUUGGAGAAGUACCUCACAGACACCACAUGCAGUGCUGCCCCGAGACGGACUCUUAAAAUGAUUCAGCCUUCAGCAACAGGUUGCCUGGUUGGCAGACGUAAUGAGAAGAAAUCUUCAGUCAAAAGGAAACUCUGGAAUAACAAGUUCACCUCAAAGGGUUGUAAAGCUGAGGUGUCUGUGAACAAGGAGCAAGAAAAUGAGAAUAUGAAUGAUGUCAUUCAAGAUGCAGAUCUCAUGAUAAAAGGAAGUCCUUCAUCUCAGUAUUGGAAAGAAGUGGCUGAAGAAAGGAGGAAGGCUCUGUACGAAGUGCUUCAAGAAAAUGAAAAGUUGCACAAAGAAAUCGAGCAGAAAGAUGGUGAAAUUGCCCGCCUAAAAGAAGAAAACGAAGAGCUAAUGUCCCUGGCUGAACAUGUGCAUUAUAUGACCAGCAUGAUUGAGAGGCUAACUGGGCAAGCACCUGACAAGCUUGAGACACUGAAGAGUCUGGCUCUAGAGGAAUCCAAACAAGACAAUGAAGAGCUUGGCUGUGGAGAUGAUGCAGACAGCACUUCUGAAGAAGGGCCAUCGCAAGUAUCCCGUGGCUCGAGGGAGAGUAUAUCAGAUCUUGCUUCAAAGGAAGCAAGUCAUUUGCAACUGGAAUGA